UUCGAUGUAAACUGUCUUUUAACCAGUCAGGGCGGUUUUUGCAGAGGAGAGAGGAAGCAGGAGUUGUACAUGUAGUCAUCACUAGUUAUGCGAGCUAGAAUGUAGUGUGAGUCUGAAGCUUAUUUGUACUUGCAAUAUGAAGAAUGGAAGAAGACGAUGUUACUAUCAGAGAGCAGAAUUUUCACAGCCAAGUUCGAGAGUACAUCAUUUGCUUUCUCCUGUUUGCCGUCCUCUACAUUGUGUCCUACUGUAUCAUAACCAGAUACAAGAGGAAGACUGAUGACCAUGAGGAUGAAGAUGCUGUUGUCAACAGGAUAUCAUUAUAUCUGUGCACCUUCACGCUGGCAGUGUCUGGUGGUGCCGUCUUCCUGUUGCCUUUCUCAAUCAUUAGCAAUGAGAUCCUCCUGUCCUUCCCAAGAAACUAUUACAUUCAGUGGCUCAAUGGCUCCCUCAUUCACGGUUUGUGGAACCUGGUGUCACUGUUCUCCAAUCUUUGCCUCUUCGUCCUGAUGCCAUUUGCCUAUUUUUUUUUGGAGUCUGAGGGAUUUGCGGGAUCAAAAAAGGGCAUUAAGGCACGAAUUUUGGAGACUUUUGUGAUGCUCUUCCUGUUGGCUUUGCUCAUUCUGGGUAUUGUGUGGGUGGCAUCAGCCCUAAUUGACAAUGAUGCAGCCAGUAUGGAGUCCCUUUAUGAUCUUUGGGAAUUCUACCUGCCAUACCUCUAUUCCUGUAUAUCUCUGAUGGGAGGACUGCUUUUACUGAUGUGUACUCCUGUGGGAUUAUCCAGGAUGUUCACUGUCAUGGGCCAGUUAUUAGUGAAGCCAACAAUCCUAGAGGACCUGGAUGAGCAGAUUUACUGCAUCCAUUUGCAGGAGGAAGCCCUUCAGAGGAAAUUAAACGGAUCAUCCUCUCACACUUACUUCCGAGGAGGCUUUACUCACCAUCUCAAUAAAGAUUUGGACAAUAUAAGGAAUCAAAGGAAUAAACUGGAGAGAAGAAAGAAAGCAUCAGGAUGGGAGAAGAAUUUGCUGUAUCCAAUGGUGAUGCUGAUCCUGCUCACAGGAACGACAAUCUCUGUUAUUAUGGUGGCACUGAAUAUCCUCUACCUUCUAGUGGAUGAGACUGCCAUGCCCAAGGGAUCCACAGACCGAAGCAUUGGAAACGCCUCUUUGUCCACAUUUGGCGUGGCUCAGGCAGUGCUGGAGAUCAUCCUCAUGCUCUACUUGAUGGUGUCUUCCGUCGUUGGUUUCUACAGUCUUCGUGUCUUUGAGGGGCUCAUUCCCAGGAAGGAUGACACAACAAUGACAACGAUCAUAGGUUGCUGUGUGUCAAUCUUGGUCCUGAGUUCAGCUCUACCAGUCAUGUCCAGAACUCUGGGCAUCACGAGGUUUGAUCUUUUGGGAGACUUUGGGAGAUUUAACUGGCUGGGAAACUUCUACAUUGUCCUUUCAUAUAACUUGCUAUUUGCAGUGGUGACAACGCUCUGUCUUGUGAGAAAAUUCACCUCAGCAGUGCGGGAAGAGCUCCUAAAGGCCCUGGGUCUGGAUAAAUUACAACUGUCAAACAGCCCCACAGACCCAGAGUCUGGGAAGCUAUCGGCCAAUGGGCAUCAGAAAACUCUGUGAAAGGGACAAUAGAUCAACACACACACAGAGACACACAUGUUAGCAGAGCCAAAGGGAGAUUUCGGCAGUACUGCCUGACUGCUGAAAGGUGAAAACGAUUGGAAGGAACUUAAUAAACCCAGGCAGUGUCUGACUGUUGCUGCAAAUGAAGGUUGAGAGCAAUUUAGCUUUGUGACAUUCCAUCUUCUGCGUCUCGGAUGGAAGCUGGGACAGAGCCAGAGCUGAGACUGAGAAGUGAAAUAGACUGGCAUCAUUGCAGUGACCUUGACGCUAACCUCAACCACAACUGUGACUUCAGACAACUCAUCUCUUGCUUCAGGGGCACUUUUCCCCCUAGCACUGUCACCUGGUUUGCUUCUGCAGGCUUCACAACACUGCACUAGGCAAAAGCAGAUGUAAUAAUGUACAGUAAUUUCUGUUCAGUUUCUCUGAAUCUCUGAAGCUGUGUACUUGGAAACUUAUACAACAUCCCCACAAUUGAAUUAGACUAUUUACUUAAAUGUCAGGGCUAUUUUUUUAUGCUGUGAAAGAGUAACUCCUGAAUAAUCGUUGGUUUUUUCCAUUAUGUGAAGUAAUACAGGCAUGAUAAGGUAUAAAUUUUUACCUAAGUUCAAAAUGUGAAGAGGGUAAUGUGCUUUGUUAAGCAUGAAAAUUAGUCUCUUAUUCAUUUUCAUUACAACCAGUACAUAAAACUACAUUACAUCGAUGCAGUUCUCAUUACAUGCAUCGCUACGUCAUUCUAAAAGCUGACAUUUGUCUUUUUAUUUGGCUUUACGUAAGUGCGCUUUAACUUUAUUGAUGAUGUCACUAGUUUUUAUGAAGAAGGGUAAUUUCAUUUUUUAAAUUUAUUAUUAUUAUUUAGGUGCUCUAGAUUUGACUUGAGCUACUUUGCUAAAUGGAAACUAUAUGUGGUUUUUAUCCACCUCAGUCUCACAAUCUCAAUGUGUAAAAUGCUUUGAUGCAUUUAAAGCACAUCUGAGGUUAUAUUCCAAAUAUUGUAUUAUGCACAUGGCAAGAAAAAGUUAUCACAGACAAAGUUAUCCCCCACCCCCCACAAAAAAAGUUGUAAAUGUUGUAUCUAGAUGUACAUAAUUUCUUAUUUUUUGUCCUCAUUAUUUGGGUGUAAAUAUAUUGGGCCCACACAGGGUCUGAAAAGUUAAGCUAUUUCUCUCUUUGUUUUAAAUGGAAGUAUAUCACAUAUGAAGAAUAAGUUGACGACACUCAGCCUUGUAGUCAGGACAAAAACUUGGUGACCCCCCCACCCCUUGCAUGUCAUUGUAUUGCUGCAUUAUCUUCUAAACUGUGAUGAUUCUUGUCUUCAGAAACCACCUUUAAUGCCUUAUAAGACAAGCAUCGCAGGCUUAAAGUUAAAGUUUGUUCUGUAGAGUUUAUGCACACAUUGUGCUUCUCUUGACAGUUUACACUGUGAUCCUCUGCCACUGAGUUUCUUGUCUAAAGCCAGCUGGAUGUCACAUUUCUUUUCACCAUGAAUGUUACCACAUUGGCUCAGUUUUCAGAUUCACUCAUCACCCAAAACACUUCAGUACUUGCUAGGAUAGAUUUUUUUUCAUGGUACCUAAAGACACAUUAUGUUGAAGAUGAAAAGAAAAACUAAAUUCAUAUAUUUUUAGGAAUCUUCUGUUUAAGGAGAGAACAUUUUAUAGCAAAACUGGAUUCAGAGAAACUUUUACAUUUACUUCAUAAUACUGACCCUAUUUUAAAUCAGACACGGGAAUACAAAAUAACCAUUGGUGUAUUAAGAUGAUGUAUACAUAGUGGAUCUUAUCACCUCAAAUUCAAAUCAAAUAUUGUACAAUAGUGUUUCUAGUUUUAAAAGAUGCCAUUUCAAGAGCAGAAGCUACCUAUAGUACGGAUAUGUUGUGUGCCAUUUCAUUACUUUUGUCUUCAGCUAUUUUGUUAACAGAACCACACUGAUCUAUGGAUACUGUGUAAAAAAAUCAAGAUGACAGAGUUUGAUUGGUAAUACAAAAAGGAUGGUACCUUAACUCAAUAAUGGAGACAGUUGGAUGAGCUAACAAAAGAAGGCUUUUUUUCUUUUAGUUUAAUUGGCUUAAGGUGGAAUGGAAAUGUUUUGAGCCAUAUGAUAGUUGUGCUUACAAACACUAAGUUACAAAAACUGGAUAUGCGAUACUUAGCAGGUAAGAUACAAACAUUACAAUCAUACUUCUUGCAGAUGAGUAGUCGUAGGGUCAUUUUCGAUUUGAUAGGCGUUUUCUAGUUGCCUUUACAGUACAUCCCAUUGUAGGGAGGGGCAGGGAAGGUGUUACAAUUUUUGGAGUUUGUACUCUUCAGUGAAACAGCUUUUAUUUAUGUUUAUAUGUCAAUCUGUGCAUGUAAUUUUUGGUAAAUGUUUUGUGAAUUUAUUUUUUUACAAUCUCUCUGUUCAAUGUUUGUGUCAUUAUUUUUGAUGUUUCAAUGUUUGCAAAUAAAAAAAUGCUUCAAAAUUU